ACAGCUGAUCAAUUGUUUUUUAUCUAAACGUCAAAAUUGUGAUGUGAUGCAAUAAAUCAGACGCAAUAAAGCACCAAGUUGCAUAAAUAAAAGGUGGCAGCUGAGAGCUCCAAAAUAUUCUACAAUGGACUUCUACAACUCGGUAAAAAAGUUUCUGGGACUUCCCGUUCAGAAAGCUCCCGAAUCUUCCAUAGAGAAAAGGAACGAUGCACCUUGUUGUACACCACACAAUGAGGACUACGAGAAAUUUGGGUUCAACAUAUUUUCAAAUCCCGUGGAGAUGCAUCAGUAUUUCGAACGUCAAAUGAACGAAAUUAUGAAGAGCUUCGGUAUGUUCAGCGGUGACGGGCCGUUCUCUGGUAACGCUGAUGAUGAAUUUUUUGGUGGAUUUAAAGAUCCAUCUUUCAAGGGUCCUUUUAGUUUCGGGUUCUCGGAGUUUCCCAACGAGAAAGAAUUGCAGCAUCAUGAUGAACCACAGGAAGGUAAUUUGCGAGAUAGAUUUUUGAAACGUGGAUAUCAGACUCCUAGAAGAAACCCACAGGAGAACACGGAUUCUGAUCUUGAUAAAGAAUUUAAAGCGGAUGACUUAGAUCGAAUGCUUGUGCCCAAAGUGCCCCAGCAACCACAACGUAAUUUCUUUUUUGGCCGAAGCAUGAGUAGCAGAACAAUUCGUAAUUCGGAUGGAACUUACGAAACUCACAAAACGGUCACCGAUCAAGAUGGUAAUCAGGAAGUUACAAUUACACGUAAACAAGGAGACAAGGAGUACACCAUAGUUACCAAGACUGAUAAAAAUGGAGUUGCAGAAGUUACAGAGAAUUUUGUAAAUUUAGAUGAAUCCCAAAAGGAUAGUUUCCUGAAGAAUGACGCACCGAAACCAAUUCUUGAUACGGAUGUUGACGAUUCGCUUUUUUCCAAGUUUUUUUAAACGAGACUAAAUUCUUACAAUGUAACUUUAUAGUAUUACAAAGAUAGCAAAUAGAUUAAAAUUAUUCAAAUGCAAAA